UUUUUGGUCACUUCAACACCAACCAAAAAAUUGUCUCUAGUCUAUUUUUUAGUUUAUUCGUUAAUAUUAUCAUUCACUAAACGAAUCUCUUUUUAUUUCUAUCAAUUGAGUACGUCUGCCCAAGACCUUUCAAGAUCUUUUUGUAAUUUUACUCACUAGUGUUGUCUCUUUCUAUUUGUAUUAGUCGAGUACAUCUGUCCAAGGCUUGGGCAAAAAACAUCAUCAUGGAGGAAAAGAGAGUAGCUAUUAUUGGAGCUGGAAUUAGUGGACUUUUAGCAUGCAAAUACACACUAGAAAAAGGAUUCAUUCCAAUAGUUUUUGAAGCAUCAAAUGCAAUUGGUGGAGUUUGGACACAAACAAUUGAAUCAACAAGGCUACAAAGUCCAAAAAGGACAUUUGAAUUCACUGAUUUUCCAUGGCCAAGAAGUGUUAGAGGGAGGUUCCCUCAUAACACUGAGGUGUUGAUGUAUGUUGAGGAAUAUGCAAAACAUUUUGGGCUAAAGGAAUAUAUUCAAUUGAAUACUAAAGUUAUUGGAAUUAAUUAUGUUGGAGUUUGUGAUGAAGAAAUGGAUUCUUGGGAGUUUUGGAGUGGAAAUGGGAAACCAUUUGGAUCUAAAGGGAAAUGGCAAAUCUUGGUGCAACAUGAGGACUUCACUACUCAGGAAUAUGAAGCCGAGUUUUUGAUUCUGUGCGUUGGAAGGUAUAGUGGUUUAGCAAAUAUGCCGGAGUUCCCUAUCGGUGAAGGGCCAGACCUUUUCGCUGGGAAAGUGAUACAUGCCAUGGAGUACUCUGCCAUGGACAAUGAAAGGGCUAGAGAACUGAUUAAAGGAAAGAGAGUCGCGGUUGUUGGUUCUCAAAAAUCAGCUGUAGAUAUCGCGGUUGAAUGUGCAAAUGCCAAUGGUCCUGAAAUCCCUUGUACAUUGGUACAAAGGACAAUACCAUGGGCAAUACCCAGUGGGUGCUUUUGGUGGGGAAUUAAUCUUGGAUUUCUAUAUGGUAGUCGAUUUUCAGAGCUCUUAGUUCACAAGCCUGGCGAGAACAUCAUCUACAAUGUGUUGGCCACCCUACUUUCUCCUGUGAGAUGGGGUUUCUCAAAAUUUGUGGAGAGUUAUCUUACAUGGAAUCUUCCAUUGAAGAAGUACAACAUGGUACCAAAACAAAGCUUUCUCCAAGACAUGUCUUCUUGCAAGUCCUUUUUAUUACCAGAUAAUUUCUAUGGAAAAGUUGAAGAAGGAAGCAUUAUUCUCAAGCAAACACAAUGUUUUAAUUUUUGCAAACAAGGAUUGAUUCUUGAUGGUGAAGUUGAUAAGCCAAUAAAAGCUGACCUUGUUAUAUUUGCUACUGGAUAUAAAGGUCAAGAAAAGUUGAAGAAUAUGUUUUCCUCAAAAAGUUUUCAGAAUUAUAUAAUGGGAUCACCAAAUUCAGCAUCUCCUCUUUACAGGCACAUGAUACAUCCAAGAAUACCAAACCUAGCAAUAAUUGGAUACUCAGGGAGCAUAACAAAUCUCCACACAUCUGAGAUGAGGUGCCAAUGGCUAGCACAUUUUCUUGACCAAACAUUCAAGUUGCCAAGCAUAAAAGAGAUGGAAAAAGAGAUCCAAAAGUGGGAAGAUUACAUGAAAACAUAUGCUGGAAAAGAGUACAAAAGGGCUUGUAUUGCUGCACUACACAUUUGGCACAAUGACCAAUUGUGCAAGGACAUUGGAUGCAACAAUAGAAGAAAGAAGAGUUUCUAUGAUGAGUGGUUUCAACCAUACCUGCAGUCAGAUUAUGUUAGGCUAAGUCCUAAUAACUAGGUCCUGUUAAGUAUUUUGUAUACUUUGGUGCGACAGAAGUCAUUUUGUGGAAUUUUCUUUAGCAGGUCAUUUUCUGUUGUUUGGACCUCUGAAAAUAUUUUUCGUUAGAUUUGGAAAAAUGACUUUCCUCCGUUGUGGGCUGAAGCUAAAUAAAACUAUGUAUCUUUGACUUUCCUUAGUCCUAUUAACUAUUUUGUAUAAUUUGGUGCGGUGAUAAUUAUUUUUCGAUACUUUCUUUAG